AUACAACAGAGCUUGCUUUUAAGAAAACGUAAACUACAACCGUAAUUACCAGUGGCGUCUGCGUGGAAUGAAUUGGUGGAACUAAAAGUAGCAAGUGCCAAAUUUCAUCGAAAUUGGUUAGGUAAUUUAAGGCUAAAAUAAUAAUUAGUACACGGAAGCGUAAUUUAGUGCCGUAUAUAGAAUCUGAAUGCACUAGUUUGGAUUAUUUGCAUAGUUUGCACUUAAGAUUAUGUGUAGGAGUUUACGCGAUGGCAAUCUAUUAGUAUACUAUUUUAAUAUUUACGGGGGCAGUUAUUAGUCCCUUUGAACUUCACGCCAUGUCAAGAUACAUACAAACAAGGUCGACACAUGUGGGCUGCUACAUCAAAACAAUAUUCCUUUAUAAUCUGUGAAUUAUAUGGCGCAUGCGCGGUUCCUGGGUCGAUAUUUAGUGACGUCAACGGGAGUCCGACUUCAGUCAGCCGCCGGUGGUCACAGAGAUCAUGUGGCUGCAAUGUAUCACCGUUACUGUACUGAUCGCCGCGACUUGCUCCCGCGAAGUUUUCACCAACUCCUUUCUGGUGCGAUUCAAGAGGUCCCUUCGUCACGAGGAGGCCCACAAUAUCGCCCUUCAUCAUGGCUUCGACAAUCUUGGCCCGGUCCUAGGCUCUGAUACAGAAUGGCAUUUUUCGCAUCGUGGGCUGCCACACGCCCGCACUCGACGAUCCAUUGCCCAUGCGCGAUUACUAAAACGCCACCCUCUUGUCCACACUGCAGUACAGCAAACGGGAUUUAAGCGUGUCAAACGCGGCUACCGGCCACUGCGCUUACCGGAAACACAACCUGCAGUUGACCCUCGCGAUCCCUACUUCCCUCUUCAAUGGUACUUAAAAAAUACAGGGCAGAAUGGUGGCAAGCCCAAGCUGGACCUUAACGUUGAGGCUGCGUGGGAGCAGGGAUACACCGGCAUUAAUGUCACCACCGCUAUUAUGGAUGACGGUGUUGACUACAUGCAUCCGGAUCUAAAAUAUAACUAUAACGCGGAGGCCUCAUAUGACUUCAGUAGCAAUGACCCGUUCCCUUAUCCAAGAUACACUGAUGAUUGGUUUAACAGCCAUGGAACCAGGUGCGCAGGGGAGGUAGCCGCAGCUCGGGACAACGGGGUGUGUGGCGUGGGCGUGGCAUACCAUUCUAAAGUCGCCGGUAUCAGAAUGUUGGAUCAACCCUACAUGACCGAUUUGAUAGAAGCAAACUCUAUGGGGCACGAACCAAACAAGAUUCACAUCUACAGCGCCUCGUGGGGACCCACAGAUGACGGCAGAACUGUUGACGGACCCAGGAAUGCCACCAUGAGGGCUAUAGUUAGGGGAGUCAACGAGGGUCGGAACGGGUUGGGCAAUAUUUACGUGUGGGCAAGUGGUGAUGGCGGUGAAGAUGAUGACUGCAACUGUGAUGGUUACGCGGCCUCAAUGUGGACAGUUUCUAUAAAUAGUGCUAUAAACGAUGGCCAGAACGCCCACUAUGACGAGUCCUGCUCCUCAACCCUGGCUAGUACUUUCAGCAACGGAGCUAGGGAUCCCAAUACUGGUGUAGCGACCACUGACCUGUAUGGAAAGUGCACUGCCACGCAUUCAGGCACUUCCGCCGCGGCACCGGAAGCAGCAGGAGUUUUUGCAUUGGCCCUACACGCUAACGCGAACCUCACAUGGCGAGACAUACAACAUUUGACUGUAUUGACGUCGAAAAGGAACUCAUUGUAUGACGCAAAGGGUCGUUUUCAUUGGACAAUGAACGGUGUUGGGCUAGAAUUCAACCAUCUAUUUGGUUUUGGAGUGCUCGAUGCAGGUGCCAUGACAGCUUUAGCCGCGAACUGGCGAUCUGUGCCGCCUCGGUAUCAUUGCGAAGCUGGCUCUGUUAAAACGCAUACUGAAAUACCAACUGAUGGCAGUGUGACCCUUCGCAUCGAGACCACGGCGUGUUCCGAAUCGGCGAGUGAAGUGCGAUACUUGGAACACGUUCAGGCGGUCGUUAGUGCGAAUGCUUCUCGACGUGGUGACCUCGAAUUCUUCUUAACAAGUCCAAUGGGAACUAGAUCAAUGAUACUAAGCAGGCGUUCAAACGACGAUGACAUGCGAGAUGGUUUCAUCAAGUGGCCUUUCAUGACGACACACACCUGGGGAGAGUAUCCACAAGGCACUUGGACUUUAGAAGCUCGAUUCAACGGUGGCUCAGGACCCAGUUCAGCGUCAGGUUGGCUUCGGGGUUGGUCUUUGGUCCUUCACGGAUCCAAGGCGCCACCCUACGCCCAGCUACAGCCCCAAGAUCCAUAUUCCAAGCUGGCUGUCGUCAAGAAAGCACACGAAGACAACGCACAUACGAAAUAAGCAUUUCCCUUUUAUUUGGCCUAGCACGUGAGAAAAAUGGGGCCAAUUUGUUUGAUAAUCAAAUACUUAGCCAUUGUGUGAAGGAAUAUAAAAAUGCUUGAUUUGUUUAUAUUUUUAAAUCGUCUAGUAAUAAUCUAUUUGGGGGAAGAGGGGAGGGGAACGAGGAAUUCAUCAUUACCUGUAUAUUUUGAUACGCUUUAUUUUAUUUAUAUUAACGGAGAAACAAAAAAAUCUUGUCUUGUCACGUGCUAGAACAAAACAGAGAAUUGUACCACAGACGUCUUUCAUUCAAAAGUUUUUUAGUGAUUUAAUUAUUUAAUUUUUGGAUAUAGAACACAUGCCAAAUUUUGUACUUAUUGUCCUUAGUUACGAAAGUUUUUAAUGCUUUAAUAAUUUUAUAUUUUAAGAUAUAAAAAAAUAUAUUUUUAUUCACGCAAUUGUGAACAGUUAAACAUUAUAGAUAUCGAUUCAAUAUAGUAUUUGUAAUUCAUACGGGUUUAUUAUAACGGAUCUAGUCAUACAAAGAGCAAAUAUAAUUUCACUUAACAACCAAACAAACACAAAGAAAACAAUAUCGUCAGUAUUAUAACUAUUUAGUAUUUGAGUUUGAAGAUAACUUCGUAAAUGUACUUUUUCUCUAUGAUAUAUUUAAUUCAUCUUAAAAAAAAACUAAACAACAUAUCACACUAUGAUAUAUACAAUCUUUAAUCACCAAAAAUAUAGAAUUCAAUCUGUUAUGCAUACAUAUAUUAUUUUAUAACUAUUUUAACUCAAAACACAUAUAGCGCACCUUAAUUCAAAUAUACUUCUUUAAACCCAGCUAAAAGAAGUAUAUUUGGAGUUUCUUGUAACUGCUAUAGGAUGUAUAAAAAUAUUAUAGUUAAAAUAUAAAUAUGAAAAAAAAACUUCCUUUUGGGCCCAGCAUGAAAUUUUAAUUACUAAAAUAAUAAGCUUCCAUAAUAACAAAAGUUUUAUAUUGGGCAAAAAAAGUAGUAAAUACAAAUUAAUAGAAUAAGCGCAGUUAAAGAGAAAUAUUAUGUAUUACUAUAUUAAUA